ACCGUACCUUAGGAAAGUGGCGGGUGUAUUUGAUUUUAGUUUCGGUAGAAAUUAUCUCUUUUUCUGACACAUCCGUGAGAGGACAACAUCUGAACUUUAAACCAGAAUGAUGCUGUUGAAGUUUCGAUGAAAUAUGUAGAUAUCUUGUGGGUCUAUGAUACUUGAACUUUGUGUACGACAACCAACCAAGGAUUGAACUGAUUUGAUAGAAUGGAGUCUGACAGUCUCCCAUUUUCUGUCACUCUCUCUGAUGACAUCACUCCACCGUUGUCCCCUGUCUUACAAGGAGAGGAACAACCUCAGAAAAGAAUGAAACUCAGCCAGGAUAUUGAUAUUCCCUGGGCACCUCCAAGGUUUGAAUGCUGUCGUCAUAGAAGCUCCUCGUCGUGGUCACCUGAUAACAACGGUUUCCUUGCAUCAAGAACUCUUAGCAGGCUCUUGGAGGGUAGUCUAGUCGUGGUAGACCAGCACGAGGGAUUGACGACUCAGCUGUUUGGAUGUUGUUAUGUUACCAGUACAGCUCUUCUUGACCAAAUAUCACAUCUUUUCUCAAUAUUGAGGCAGGUGCUUGGGAAGAUAGAGUCUUUACUGGGGAAGCAGAGUCAUUGGUCUGUAACAGAUCCACUCAUAGAAGCCAGCAACAAGUUGAGAGAACAGGUCUUACAUUUCUUCUUCUACGUACAUUCUUUCAUUCAAAGGUAUUUGGCUACAUCCAGGUUAGUCUCUUCUCAAGACUUAAAUGUGGUGCCAUCUCUGUAUAGUCAGCAAGUGGAAGGUUUUCCACUAAGACUAGCAACCGAACUAGAUAAUGUAUCUAUGUUUUUUGGGAGGCUGAAUGAUCUCUCCUCGUCCAGGCAGUAUUUCACUUCUCGUGAUAGACAGGCAUCACAUGAUCAUCUUCUUCUUCAUUGUCAUCUAGAUGUCAGGUGGUACAUCAUACAAGUUCUUCAUCAUCUUCAUGUUUCUACCACAGGUUCUUCUCAUGAGAUUGAAAUAGUUGAUUGUUUUAACAAGCAAGUUGAUAGAUUGAUGCAAGACCUUAUCACCACUGCUACUAUACGUUACAAUCAGUUAACUUUGAAUGAAGUCCAUCAGACGUCUCUCUUCCCUUGUAACUGUUUGAAGGAGAUGUGGAUCCUUCUCAUCCACCUACUUGAUCACAGACAUAUGAAUAACUCUGCAACGUCAUUUUGGGGAAUCAUUCAUCAACUGUUAUCACCUAUACUAGAGAAUGUGGAUGGUCAGUCUAACAGAGGUGCGACAGCCAAGGAUCCUGAAGGUUUGUGCUUCUGGAUACUUCAACAGUUAUCUUCUCUCUAUCAGUAUGACAAGACGGGACAGGAAAUUGGCCAGCCCAUUGCAAGGAGCCAUUGGUACUUGGUGGAAGAUAUUCUCAAGAAAGUCUUGUCAAAGGAUGCUGGGACUGCGGAGGCAUCGCUCCAGUCGUACCUAAGGCAUUUUCUGGUCCUGUGCCACCUCUGGGAACCACAUAGCAAGAUUCUCAUUACCCUUUGGGACCAUUUCUACAGGAAACUGAAUCAUCGCCUCACUGCUCCUGGGCAAGGCAUCCAGGGCCUAGCAACCAUCAGUAAGUCAGCACUAGCUUGGUUUCAGACCUGCAAGAAACGUUGUGAUGAUCAUAAUACAAGUGGUGGACAAGAAACAAGCUUUCAUCUCUUCCUGCGGAUCUUGGCCUGUAAGAUGAAGAAAUGGAACGUGGCUAACAACACACAGGCGUGGAAGCAAUUCCAAGGAAGGUUAUAUUCCAAGUUUCACAGUCGUACCAUGCAAGAGCUUGGUGAUACUGGUCUGCAACAUUUCUUUGACCUCUUCUUGACCCUUGCCCUCAUGGUUGAUCUUUCAUCAUUGACAAUGAGAGUACUUGACUUUGUAGAUCUGGUUCCAGUGAGCAAUGUGAACAUCAGCAGAAGGCUCUUGAUUUGGAGAGGAUUACUUGCUCUGUGUUUGAUCCAUGAAGAACGUCAGUUUGAUCUCGAGCUUGUCGCUGAUAAACUGAUGAUUUCCUUCAAUACUGUUGUGAGGGCAUACAAUCAGAUCAAGAGUGAUCCACUGAGGAAGUCAGACUACUGGAGUCUUAUCGUCUGCUACCUGGAAGGAGUUCAAGAAGUCAUUGAUUCCAGUAACCUUCUCAAUCUUUCAGAGGACAAGUUCAUUGCCAGUGGCCUUGGAGAACUGUUAUCAUCAUCAGGGGACCAAGAAAUCAGAUCUGUUCUUAUGUUUGUGCAAACUACUAUGGCAAGACAUAGAAGCCUUUAUAAACAGCUUACCAACCAAGCAGCAAAUGAUAAGACAUCAAGUCCAUUGAUGACAAAGUACAAAGUAAUGUCUGAUGCCCUAUGGAGUCACAUCUAUCCAUUCGUGAAACAGCAUUCUACCACUCUGACCCCGCCCUCACAGCUUGCUGAUGUAGCUGCCGGAUUCACUCUUCUUGCAGCUGAUAUGCCAUCAGGAUGUGGACCAGAGACCCCAGUGUGGAGUCUCUUCCAGUAUUUUGGUUUACAAACCAACAAGGUUAAUCCAAGCAUCCGGACCCGAUACCUGUGCCACCUUCUCCCUAACCAAGCCUUCCUGGAGACCCUUGAUCCUCCAGCAGGAGCCGGCUCCCUGGAUUGUCUCCUGGUACGGGCAUGGAUCCAUGCCUCCAUCCAGCUACCAGGAGCAUCAGAUCAGAUGCAGGAGCUUGGACGUCUCGUCAUGAAGCUCCCACAGGUGGUCAGCAUAACGAAGAGUAUGGGAGUAGAUGAAAGCAUGAUGGAUGCAAACCAGCCACUGGUUUUCAGGUUCUUCUACAUCCUUGGAAAAUAUUCCUCAUCAGCACAGACAUACCAAGAGAAAUUGAAACGUCGAAGUACAGCCCUGCAGUACUUGGGUGACUUAGUGGCAUUGGUUAGAAGUCAGGUUAGAGGUCAAAGGUCAAUAGAGGAGAUGAAUCGGAUGUAUGUUGUGGUGGGUCAGGCAGUCAAGUACUGUGGCAAUUUCCUGUAUUCACAGGGAUCAUCACAGUCCCAGUUGCCUGGUUUACUGACUGAGCUUAUCCUAUUCCCUGGUGUGUUCAACCUGAAGAAACCACUUCCAGCAAACCAACACACAGCCAUCAGGGAAACACUGCAUCUGUUUGUAGAAGGAAUCGGUCUCCAUGAUGUAUCAAGAGAUUCUUACAUCCAAAGAAAGCUGAAAGAAAUCAUGUGUCAUUACUUCAUCAGAUAUAAAGUGAAACUUUCUUCAUCUGGAUUUGGUGAAGGACUUCAUCCUCUUUUGAGAGCAUUGAGUAACACAUUCAGAGGUCAUGUGGAUUCAAAAGACAGCACACUGCGGAGGUAUAUGCUGAGUGAAUUCAAGGAUAGGUUCUUAUCUGGCAAUCCACAGCAAGUAGGUCCACACACUUCCCAAGCUAUUGCCUUUAUUCAGGAGCUCUUACAGAGGACUACAAGCAUGGCACAAAUAACCAGGGACACAGUUGUCCUGCUUGGUGCUGUAUUGGACUUCAUGUUGCUUUGUGAGUCAACAUCGGUCAAAGGUCAAAUGUCACAGAUUCUGACCCAGAUGAUGAACGCAUGCAAGGUUGAUACCCCACCAGAACUUGAAGUGGAGCUGGUGAGUGUUGUGAGAAGCUUUUUGUCACGUCACAUUCAUCAUCAUCGUAAGGCAUCGUUGGGACGGCUGGAGUCCCUCGCUGUCUUGCAUCCAAAGCUAAUGAUUCGCCUCAUACCCGAUGCUACGAGACUGAUUGAGGAAUGUGAACAUCGCAGAGCAGUUGGAGUAGAUACUGUACUCAGACAAGCUUAUCAUAAAGUCCUGAGCCAUCUUGGACCAGAAGGGCAGAAAGAGAGCCAGAGAUUGCAGUCGCAGUCAAAGAUUGCUGAAAGUCUGGAUGUUAUCUGAGUCGUGCUGCACCCACCUCUGUAGUUAGACCUUGCGGAUGAUGAGAGAAUCAGAGACCUGGGGAAUGCCUCUGAACACUUCAUUGACACCCGUCUGCUGGCAACCGUCAGUGAUGACUGAGUUUGAGGUCGUUGAUUGGCUGAGAGACACAUGCCAAGAAUGAUAAUAAGUAUUGUACAACGCCUACCUAGCUUGAUGUACGCGAGCAAAUGGGAGGCUCAAUGUCACACAUUCGUACCGUUGCA